AGUAUGAUAGCCAAAAUAAUUGUUGCUUUCUGUUUCCAACUUCUCCCUUUAUAAAGCACAUUGGCCUUGGCUUCCUUUCCUAGCCUUCCUAUACCUUCUCUAUCUUCCCUUUCCCCUCUUGCAAAUGUCUCAAGUCUUCUCAAAAUCUCCAGAACAUUGUGCCAAGCAAGGAGGACUAACCAUUGACAAAUCCUAUAAGAAAUUAUUCUUUGCCUUCUCUUCAUUUUUUUCCAUAGUUUUAGCCUUCAUAUUCCUCAUCUGGCUUACCCUUCACCCAGCAAAGCCUCAGUUCUCCCUCAGGGAAGCUGAUAUAUACCAACUCAGCCUCUCCGGCACUCACCUUCUCAACUCCUCUAUCCAAUUCACCAUGCUCUCCAGAAAUCCGAAUAAAAAGGUUGGUAUUUACUACGAUGAGCUACAAGCAUUCGCUGCAUAUAAAGGCCAACAAAUUACUUUUGACAGCUUUCUUCCACCUUUCUACCAAGGACAUGAAGAAAGCAACCUGUUAACAACAUCUUUACAAGGAACAGGGCUGCCUGUGGCUCUGUCGUUUGGUUACGAAGUCGAACAUGACCAGACUGCCGGGAGAAUAGUCCUGAACCUGAAGGUAAAUGGGAAGCUCAGGUGGAAGGUUGGGACUUGGGUUUCCGGCCGAUAUCGCUUCAACGUUAACUGUGUUUCUAUUAUGUCCUUUGGACCUAAUGCCCCAACAGCUCCAUUGAGUUCAAAUCAAGCGGCUCAGUGAUCCACCGCUGUGUGAGAUGAUGUUUAACUAUAUGCUUGAAAGCUAUUUAGUUCUAUCUUUAUCAGCUUGAUGUUCUAUAAUUUUCACUGUUAUAUGAACUGUAUGUAUUCUCUGAAUUGAUAAUUUAUCAGAAAGAUUGAAACUUAGGGAUUGUAAUGCGACAAUUUCUGCUUUGCAAGUGCCUGGCUGAGUAUGAAAAAGAAAAUGAAGGUUCAUAGUUUAUUUGUUUAGUGUAAAA